AUGCCAUCUCUCAGGGCUAAAGCAACCCGCUUCUUCAAACGCACCUCCACCUCCAGCAUCCGCACCCUCUUCACCUCCAGCAUCUGCACCACCUCCUCCAGCGGCGGCUCCUCCUCCUUCUCCUCCGCAGCGUCCAAGAUCAGAAAAGAAGACAUCUCAGGCCCCGUCCGCGACCCGCCGACCCGCCCCGCCCGCCCGACGAAGAGGACUGAUGAGGUGAUUGCCGCGUUGAUGCGGGAUGGGACCGCGAGGACUGUGUUGCCUGGUUCUUCUGUGUCCCGUGCGGCGGUUGUGGGUGCCGGGAAGGAGAAGAAGGAGAAGAAGGGGAAGGGGAAGGGAAAGGCGAAGCAGGUGGUGAUGAGGAAGAGGAGCGAUGCGUUGGUUGAGGGGGACUAUCGUGGUCCGAGGUUUGAGGCUGGGGAGGCGGAGCGGUUGUUGGUGGUUGGGAAGAGGAGGGAUGGGAGGGGGAGGGCGAAGGCGAUGAGGGUGAGGAGGAAGAGGAAGGAGGAGGAUGAGGAUGAGGAGACUCGUGGUGCGGGGGGUAGGGGCACCGAGUGGAGGGAGGAGUUGAGGGUUGAUGGGGAUGGGUCGAUUGGGAGGGCUGGCGGCGUGAUGUGGAGGAGUCAGGAGGGGAUGAGGAUGUGGGUUUCCGAUGUCUGA